UAUCCGUAUUUUGUAUCUGGCGGUGUCCUAAGAACCGCAACCACUAAACACAAACAGUUAUGUGUGGUAAAGGUAAUGGCGACGUGCCAAAUCAAGUUCUAAAGUUCAAGACUGGCCAUUUACCACGGAGUUUGAGUAGUUGCCUCUAUGUGUGAUCAACGUAAUGGCGCAGUACACUCGCGUUUCGGGAUCAGUUGCACUGAUCACUCUUCAGAACCCUCCUGUCAACGCACUCAGUGCAGUGGUUAGACACGGCAUCGUGGACACAGUAAAGAGAGCUUUAAAAGACUCCAAAGUCAACGCCGUGGUCAUCUGCGGACAGAAUGGCAGAUUCUGUGGCGGUGCGGAUAUCAGGGAGUUUGCUGGGCCAAUGUCAGGACCCCCUCUGGUGCCUAUGAUCCAUGCCAUAGAAGCCGCACAGAAGCCAGUUGUGGCCGCCAUCGAGGGGAUAGCACUGGGGGGCGGUCUGGAGCUGGCCCUGGGCUGUCACUACCGGAUUGCACAUUCGAAGGCCCGUCUUGGCCUUCCUGAGGUGACUCUAGGGCUGCUCCCAGCUGCAGGAGGCAGUCAGCGUCUGCCCAGACUGAUAGGUGUCCCUGCAGCUCUGGACCUCAUUACAACAGGACGUCACGUGUCGGCUGCAGAAGCUCUGAAGCUGGGGAUUGUGGAUCAGGUCACUGAGCAGAACGCCAGAGAUCUGGCAGUGGAGUUUGCACUGAGUGUUUCAGGGAAGCCUCUGGGGGACCGUCGACUGAGCACGAGACCCUGCCCGCCCCUCCCCGAUGCGGAUGAGUUCUUUGAGGGGGCAAUGGCGAGGGUUCGCCAUCGUGCACGUGGGGCCAUAGCGCCGGUGGCAUGCGUCCAGGCAGUGCGGGCCGCUGCCUCCCUGCCCUACGACCGGGGCAUGGAGAGGGAGAGGGAGCUGAUGGCCACCCUCUUCAACUCAGGGCAGGCUCGCGCUCUGCAGUACUGCUUCUUUGCCCAAAGGGUUGUUGGGAAAUGGAGUCUGCCCAGCGGAGCACGCUGGGACAACAGCAAGGCCAGGCUAGUCUGCAAAGCAGCUGUCAUCGGCCAGGGCACCAUGGGGAGGGCCAUCACUGUGGCCCUGGCGCAGGCCGGGGUUUCUGUGGUCGCCGUGGAAACGCAGGAGAAGCAGCUGAUGGAGGCAAAACAGGCAGUGACCACCAUGUUGGAGCGUGCGUCCAAGAGGAAAGGAGUGACUCCGCCCCUUGACCUCCUCCGCUUCACCGCGGACCUCCGCGAGGUGGACGGUGCUGAGCUUGUGAUUGAGGCGGUGUUUGAGGACCUGGCCCUGAAGGAGCAGGUGUUCCACCAGCUGUCAGCCGUGUGUCGGCCCGGCACCCUGCUCUGCACCAACACCUCCGGCCUGGACGUGGACCGCCUGGCUGGCUGCACCCGCAGCCCCGAGCUGGUGGUGGGGAUGCACUUUUUUGCCCCGGCCCAUGUGAUGACGCUGCUGGAGGUGGUGUGUGGGCCUCGCUCCUCCCCUGAGGCUGUGGCCACCGCCAUACUGCUGGGCAGGAGGAUGGGCAAGGUGAGCGUCGCCGUGGGCAACUGCCCUGGCUUUGUGGGAAACCGCAUGCUGAAGCCCUACCUGGAACAAGCCAACUUCCUGUUGGAGGAAGGAGCCACGCCUGAGCAGGUGGACCAGGUUCUGGAGGAGUUUGGAUUAGCUAUGGGGCCUUUCAAGAUGUCAGACCUCUCUGGGCUGGAUGUGGGCUGGAGGGUCAGGAAAGAAGAUGGGCUGACGGGACCCGGCGUGGACCCAAGCCAACCAAUGAGAGUGCGUCGGGGCCACAGGUACUGCCCCCUGCCAGACCUGGUGUGUGAGCAGGGCCGCCUGGGCCAGAAGACGGGUCGGGGCUGGUACCAGUAUGAGGGGCCCGGGGGACGAGAGGCCAGGCCAGACCCUUGGCUCCACAGCUUCCUGGAGGAGUACCGGACCCGACACGGCCUGACAGCACGCCGUGUAGACCAGGAUGAGAUCCUGGAGCGCUGCCUGUACGCACUUAUCAACGAGGGCUUCCGCAUCCUGGAGGACGGCAUUGCCGCCGGGCCGGAAGACGUGGACGCCAUCUACGUCCACGGCUACGGCUGGCCACGUCAUCAGGGUGGGCCCAUGUUCUACGCGGGCAUGGUGGGGCUGGGCAGGGUGCUGGAGAAGCUGGAGCACCACUACCGGGCCCUACCAGACGUGCCGUACCUGCAGCCUAGCACCCUGCUGAGGAGGCUGGUGGAGACAGGAAGCCCUCCUAUGCAGAAAUGGAGGGAGGUCAUCCAGAAUCCUCGCAGUCAGCUCUGAUCCACCUCCCACAUCACACACUACCCAGCACACUGCCUUACUCUAGCCGUGCCUUAGAGACGCUAUAAGAUAUCUAAUGUAAAACUCUGAUUGAGUUUAUACCUGAAUGAACUUUAUAAUAACCAAACUAGGUACUGUCGCUUGCUGUAUUUUUGAUGUCAAAGAAAACUGUAAUGGAAAGAUAUGUCGAUUCAACUCUUUAGUUAAUAAUGUGUCCUAAUAAAAUAAAAAAAUAUUACCCCGUAAAUGUCU